AUGAGAUAUAGUGAUUAUACACCUCGAAGUGAUGACCAGACAAAUGAAGAUUCAGACGACGAUUCUGCUGCCGCUGGCGUACGAAAGUUUUUCUUUGAUAUUCUUUUCUUCUUUUUUUUUCAGUAUGCAAAACUUAUACUGCCUCAUGUUGGUCUUGUUUUAUUGACCUGCGCUUACACCGUUAUAGGAGCAUCUAUAUUUUAUAGCAUAGAACAGCCUCAUGAAAUUUCCACCAAAAAACAGCAACUGGAAAAAAUUUAUCAAAAACAUGAAGAAUUUGUAAAUUCGUUGCUGAAAUUAUCACUGAACAAUGAAACACGACGUGAAGUUUGGUCCGAACUGGCGAUGGAUCAUAUGCAUAACCUUAGCGAUCAUUUAUUUGCUGCGUUUGAACGGUUCUUUCUCACAGCUACUGAGGUUCGACGUAACGAUACCAUUGAAAUUUGGUCAUUUUCAACCUCAAUUUUCUUCGCUGUUACUGUUGUUACCACAAUUGGUUAUGGUAGCCCAGUACCUGUUACUCGACUUGGUCGUAUAAUGUGUAUUGUUUUUUCAUUAUUUGGAAUACCUCUAACUCUUGUUACUAUUGCCGAUAUCGGUAAAUUUUUAAGCGAACAUCUUGUUUGGCUGUAUGGUAAUUAUCUUAAGUUGAAAAGUUUGCUGAAAAAGAGGCACAUCAAAAAAGAACGUCAAGAAAGGAUAUGUGAAGAUUGCCGAAGUCGUGGAUUAUCGCAUAAUAUGCAGAUUGUUGAAGAACAGAGAAUUCCUGCAAUGCUAGUGUUUGCAAUUUUGGUUCUUUAUACGGCACUCGGCGGAGUUUUGAUGUCGCAUCUGGAGCAACCUUGGGAUUUUUUCACUUCAUUUUACUGGUCUUUCAUAACUAUGACAACUGUCGGGUUUGGUGAUUUGAUGCCGAGACGAGAUGAAUACAUGUAUGUGAUUUUGCUCUACAUCAUUCUCGGUUUGGCAAUCACAACUAUGUGUAUCGACUUGGUUGGUGUUCAAUACAUUCGAAAGAUUCACUACUUCGGCAGGAAAAUUCAAGAUGCAAGAUCGGCACUUGCCGUUGUUGGAGGGAAGGUAGUUCUUGUAUCUGAACUUUAUGCAAACCUUAUGCAAAAACGUAUCAAAAAUGGUGCAAAAGAAGCGUUUAUUAUCGAUAAUUUGUAUAUAUCAAAACAUGUUAUACCAUUUAUCCCCUCAGAUAUUCGUUGGAUCAGGUAUAUUGAUCAAAGUACAGACAAUCACUCAAAUGCAUCAAGCCCUGAUCUUCAUUCCUGUCGAUUUUGUCAUUCUCGAUUUAGUGUUGGACAUAAACGGUGA